UGGUAGCAGAUAAGUGUUGAGCUCGGGCUGGAUAAGGGCUCAGAGUUGCACUGAGUGUGGCUGAAGCAGCGAGGCGGGAGUGGAGGUGCGCGGACUCAGGGAGACGGACAGAUACAGGCAGGCAGGCAAGACGGCAGCAGAGUCCGAGCUGCAAAUCUUAUUUUCUUUUCCAUUUUCUCACCAACUGCCCAGAGCUAGCGCCUGUGGCUCCCGGGCUGGUGUUUUGGGGAGCGUCCGGAGAGCCCCUUCUCCAGCCGCCCCCAGAAGGAGAGCCCCGCUUCCCCGGAGCUGGUGACAGCGCAGAGAGCGGCGACAGUCUGUCCGGGGAAGUCCAGAGAGCCGCUGCAGCGGCAAAGAACUUUCCUGACCAGGGGGACAGGGGACAAGUGGCCCGAGUCCCGGAGCGAACUUUUGCAAAGCUUUCCUGCGCCCGAAGCUGCCGCGGCGGCGAAGACAGGAAGGCGGCGGAGAGAGGAGACCAAGGAGGGACGUGUGCGCUCAGUUUCACUCGCACCGGUUGCUGAACUUGGGCGAGCGCGAGCCGCGGCUGCCCGGCGCCCCCUCCCCCUCGCAGCGGAGGAGGGGACAGUCGUCGGAGUCCGGGCGGCGGACACCCGCUGCCGGCCGGCCACCGCGGGAUCGACGCUGACUGCCGCCGCCGGCAGGGCCGCUGUCGCCGGGAAGCGUGUUCGUCUGCGGGCUCCCAGGGACGGCUGCGCCAAGAGCGCUCCGUGAGCGACCGCGACUUUUCAAAGCCGAGCAGCGCGCGCGAGCUGACAAGUUAAGAGUGCUGGCGGCAUCUGAACCCUGAGCGCCUGGGAGCGAGCCGGUGAGCAGGGCGCAGGGGGGAGGACAGCCGGCGGGUGCGCGCGCCCCUCGAGAAACUUUCCCUGCCCAGGGCCCCGGGAGGGGUGUCCUCCGCUCGCCAGCGCGCUGUUGCGGCCCCGAAACUUCUGCGCGCAGCCCAAACUAACCCCACGUGAAGUGACGGACUGUUCUAUGACUGCAAAGAUGGAAACGACCUUCUACGACGAUGCCCUCAACGCCUCGUUCCUCCAGUCCGAGAGCGGUGCCUACGGCUACAGUAACCCCAAGAUCCUGAAGCAGAGCAUGACCCUGAACCUGGCCGACCCGGUAGGCAGCCUGAAGCCGCACCUCCGGGCCAAGAACUCGGACCUCCUCACCUCGCCCGACGUGGGGCUGCUCAAGCUGGCCUCGCCCGAGCUGGAGCGCCUGAUAAUCCAGUCCAGCAACGGGCACAUCACCACCACGCCGACCCCCACGCAGUUCCUGUGCCCCAAGAACGUGACAGACGAGCAGGAGGGCUUCGCCGAGGGUUUCGUGCGCGCCCUGGCCGAACUGCACAGCCAGAACACGUUGCCCAGCGUCACGUCGGCGGCGCAGCCGGUCAGCGGGGCGGGCAUGGUGGCUCCGGCGGUGGCUUCGGCGGCGGGCGGCAGCGGCAGCGGUGGCUUCAGCGCCAGCCUGCACAGCGAGCCGCCGGUCUACGCCAACCUCAGCAACUUCAACCCGGGCGCUCUGAGCAGCGGCGGUGGGGCGCCCUCCUACGGCGCGGCCGGCCUGGCCUUUCCCGCGCAGCCCCAGCAGCAGCAGCAGCCCCCGCAGCCGCCGCACCACCUGCCCCAGCAGAUCCCCGUGCAGCACCCGCGGCUGCAGGCCCUGAAGGAGGAGCCGCAGACGGUGCCCGAGAUGCCCGGGGAAACGCCGCCCCUGUCCCCCAUCGACAUGGAGUCGCAGGAGAGGAUCAAGGCGGAGAGGAAGCGCAUGAGGAACCGCAUCGCUGCCUCCAAGUGCCGGAAAAGGAAGCUGGAGAGGAUCGCCCGGCUGGAGGAAAAAGUGAAAACCUUGAAAGCGCAGAACUCGGAGCUGGCGUCCACGGCCAAUAUGCUCAGGGAACAGGUGGCACAGCUUAAACAGAAAGUCAUGAACCACGUUAACAGUGGGUGCCAACUCAUGCUAACGCAGCAGUUGCAAACGUUUUGAGGAGAGGCUGUUGGGGGCUGAGGGGCAACAGAGAAAAAAAAAAAAAUUCACCCAGAGAGACAGACUUGAGAACUUGACAAGUUGAGAGAGAAAGAGAGAGAGAAAAGCGUCCAAGGACUAAAGCCAAGGGUAUCCAAGUUGGACUGGGCGGCGUCCUGACGGCGCCCCCAGUGUGCACGAGUGGGAAGGACUUGGCGCGCCCUCCCUUGGCUUGGGGCCAGGGAGCGGCUGCCUGCGGGCUGCCCCGCUUUGCGGAUGGGCUGUCCCCGCGCGAACAGAACGUUAGACUUUUCUUUAACAUUGACCAAGAACUGCAUGGACCUAACAUUCGAUCUCAUUCAGUAUUAAAGGGGGGAGGGGGAGGGGUUACAAACUGCAAUAGAGACUGUAGAUUGCUUCUGUAGUACUCCUUAAGAACACAAAGUAGGGGGGGAGGGGUUGGGGGAGGGGAGGCGGGAGGGAGUUUGUGAGCGCGAGGCUGAGCCUGCAGAUGAACUCUUUCUGGCCUGCCUUCCUUAACUGUGUAUGUACAUAUAUAUAUUUUUUAAUUUGAUGAAAGCUGAUUACUGUCAAUAAACAGCUUCAUGCCUUUGUAAGUUAUUUCAUGUUUGUUUGUUUGGGUGUCCUGCCCAGUGUUGUUUGUAAAUAAGAGAUUUGGAGCACUCUGAGUUUACCAUUUGUAAUAAAGUAUAUAAUUUUUUUAUGUUUUGUUCCUGAAAAUUCCAGAAAGGAUAUUUAAGAAAAUACAAUAAAAUAUUGAAAAAGUA